UUGAUUUUCUUCAACAAAAGAUUUAAACAUUAGAAAUCAUUACAGUCCAAAGGUGUAAUGUUUCCAAUGUUUUUUCUAAAUCAAGUUCCAUUACUGUACAUGGGGGACUAUUAUUCUGAAUGCGAAACUAGAGUUGUGUAGAGACUCGUAACUAUGACAACUUCCAUAGCAAUAGAUUCGGAAAGGGCGAACGCAGAGCUGGAGACAAGUACGCAGUCAUUGCCACUCAGUAAAAACUGAUCUAACGAAGUGAAUAUUCCUAAAAUCCGUGAUGAUUUUUCUAUUAUAAUAGGCUAAAAAUGGACCAACUGCUCUCAGGCAUCAUGCAUUGUCAGACAAGUGAAGAGCAGCUUGUGGAGGAGGUCUGUGGACUACCUGACAAUGUAGUGGCAGAAAGGUCAGGCUCAGACAUCAUUGAGCGCCUUAUGGAGAAGAAGCAGAAGAACCAUAUAGAAGCAGUGGCACAGUUGCACAAUGACCUUUCUGUUAUCAGUGUGGAGUAUGAAACACUGUACAGGAAACCUGGGGAGGAUUUGCUUCACCAACUCUCUGUUCAUGAUGACAAUGUGGAGAGACAAAUGCUGAGGAUUGAAAGUAUUUCUGAUUUGGAGAAGUUCACAUUACAGGAACUUCAUGAAUUAUGGGAUACAGUGAACGAGGAGUUUGUGAUGAGGAGGAAGCAGCUCAAGGACCUAGAUAGUGCCCUAGCUAAGUAUGAAUGUGACCGAAAAGCCAUGAUCACAGCAUUACUGAGAAAAUACACAGGGAAGCUUGAAAACAUAGGCUAUAUAAUACCUUCGGAUAUCCACCGACUGAUGGACGAAGAAGCCAUGAUGAUAAACCAGGCUUUGUUGGCCAAUAGACGUGCAUUGGCCAAACUCCACCUGAACCUGAUGGAGAGUCAUCUACAGAAGGAGUAUUCCCACCGACUCAGAUGGGAGGACAAGCUGGAAGACUGGAAGAAGGUCAAGGCCCUUGGUGUGGUCAGUAGGUUCAAAGAGUUCAUUGGAAGCCCUGCAAUCCAGUGUCCCAAGGACAUCCAAACUGUUCGCAAUUGCAUGCAUGUUGCACAGCAAUCUGUUCAAGAACAACGCAUCAAAAUUCUUCAGUCAGUCAUGGCCAUGAUACCUCCAAGAUGUUCAAGUUCUCUAGUCACUGAGUGGUAUAAGUCUUUAUCAGGUGUCAAUGAGAAAAUUGAUUGUAUGCACAUUGAUUCCAUGAGGAAACUACAUUCUUUGUAUGAAAAUAUGUGGCAAGAAUGUCUAUCUGAGGUAGAACAAUGUAAGAAAGAAUUUCAUACAUGCGGGAUUUCUCCAGAGGAGAUCCAGAAUAUUGUAAAAGCUGAGUUCCUGCCUCUAAUUGGGAAUUGUCAGAGCCAGGCAAAGGAGUGUCUUGCCGCCAUGAAUAAAGCAUUUCAGUCUUUGGCCAAGAGUUCUGCUGGGCUGAGCAAGUCUCUUUUCAAAUUCAUGCGAGGGACAUCUCAUCUGUGGGAGGUGCACAGUGCCGGGCUGUGGAGGAGGGAGCAGCAGUUGCAAGAGCAGCUGGACCAAGUGUGCUACUGUCGGGACCAUGGCAUCCAGAAGAAGGAGGCUCAUCUCGAUGUUAUGCUGGACAAACUGAGACAGGAGAGUACUGAGGAGGCACUCAAAAUUACUUUGGAGAAGACUCUACACUUCCUGGAUGAAGUAAAACAUGUGUACAUUCACUUCUACAAAGAAGAGGUGGACACAGUGGAAGGUUUUCCCCCCAUGGUCUUGGAGGAGCUGCACUCCUACAGCUUUGCUGUUAGUCGAUACUUCAAUGUCAAGGAGAUAUAUAGUCCGGACUCUGAGGAGCUUCGUUCCCUUUACCCCAACAUCAAUCUCGAUUUAAGUGGGAUGGCCACUGUGCAGGGAAGACCAAUCACUGGACAGGGAAGGAAACAAUUGCCGGAAGGAUUUCAGAAAAGUCCAGCUGAUUUGUCCUUUGAUGAAUAUGACAAUGAGGAUGACAUUGAUUCCCAUCAGGAGUUUGUUGACUGUCAGUCCAGUGAGUCUUUCGUAACCUCUAAAGGCAAUGUGUACAAUGGCCAGAGCUUUGUCUCUCACUGGGACCUGGAGCAGGAGACCAUUCCAUCAGAGAUGGAGGCGGUUGUGUUUCCCAGAAGUCUCCUUGUGGAUCUACAAAAAAAUGUUCGUCUGUUGUUUUUCAAUCACCUGGAAGAGGUAUAUCAGACUGCUCUGACCAGCUCUAUGAAUACUGUGGCAGCCAAGAAAGAGGCACUGAAGUCUGAGCUGGACCUUCGACUGCAACUCCACCAACGACGUGGCGAAAGGAUUAAAAUGGACAUCCACAAUGUCCGUGCUGCGGAACUGAUACUGCAUAGAGAUCGUGUGGAAAGGCAUUGUCAAGGUGUCUUGCAGGCCCUUGGCAACUGUCGAACAAACGUUCAGGAUCUCCAGAUUCAACAGCACAAACUGACCGAGGACUUCAGAUCCCAGAUUUACAGCAUGGAGGAUGAAUUUAACACUGCCACCAAAUCAGACAUGGUGGUUGGUCUAUGUGGAACGCUGCAGUCCAAUCUGGAGAAUUACAUGAACGUAAUUCAGGAAUUACAGAGACACUUCAGACAGACUCUGGAGUCCAAGCUGGAUGACCUAAGAAAGUCCAACGUCAAGUUGAUGAAAUCCUUUAAGUUGUUCUCAGAGGGAGGGAACUUCACGCCCAAAGAGAUAGAGAUGCUUCACAAACGAAUAGAGAAGAUGUCUAAACGCAUUGACUCCACUGAUGAGGCUAUCAUGCUGGACAUGGAGGGGACAGAGUCCAAGUGUCUGGAGCAGGCGAAGGAUGUGAUAAACAGAUUUGAGGAGAAAUCUCACUUCUUGAUAAUAGAUUUAAAGUUUAUGGAGAAAAUCCAAGGAAUGCUAACAAAUACACAGGUUCAGUUAAAAACAGAGGCCACAAACAGCAACAUGCAACAGAAGAAGAUCAACAGCCUCCUAACAGAGUUAAAAACUAUGAUAAAUUAUUUUGCCCAAAGUCCAGAAAAGAAAGUGACGACAGAUGAUAUUUUAACUUUUACACAGACUAUAUUAGAGGAAUUCAGGGCACGAUGCCAUUAUCUUGAAUGUUUUUUGGACCCAACCAUGGCAGUUCCGAUGCCGGACUGCGCUCUCCAGGGUGCAUUUGCUGUAGCGGCGCGGCCCAAAUCCCGCAAACAGUCAGGCAGCCCUGCCAACGACAGCCUGCUCCAGCCCAGCCGCAUGGGAGUACCCUUAACGGAUGAUGUGGUGGUGGGUGUCAUCAAGGGACUGCUGAGGCUAGGCAAGCCAGUCACCCAGGAAGCACAUUCACACUCACCAGAGAAGGGCUCAGCCGCAGUCGCAGUCACCUUGUCAUCUCCUCUUGGGCAGAGGUCAGGGAAGAGCCCAUCUGCCGAAUCUGUCGGUACAAGAAGUGUGAAGAGGUUUUCAAAACCUACCCGUUUUGACAAGCGAUUCCAGGUUUUUGGUCCCAAACCAGAGAUACAUGGCAUAACUGCCUUCAAAGAUGUGGUAGACAGCAUUCUGUGGAAGACGAAUGAUAUCCUUCUCCAGGUUGCUGAGGAGUUCUAUAAGCAGAAGGAACGCCGCCCUAUCACAAGGCCUCAGUACCUCCAAGAGACCUUUGAACAGUGUGCGGAUGAGAUUAACAAAAGGCUUCUUGUCUACCAGAGCCAAACCCAGGCCUACUACAACAACUGUCUGCAAGAAUUCCGACAGCAGCUGACCAACUGUGAGGAGUGUCUUUCCAAGGUGCCAGGGUUGCUCAUCACUAACCUGGGCGAACAACACCUUAGGAGGCUGGGGCAGGACACGGGCCACAUCCGCCAACAGCUGGCCGUUACUCUGCAGGAGAGCGAAGAGAGAAAGAAAAAGCAUAGCCGUCUGCUGAGUGUUCGUUUGAGCCAUCCCGCCUGUCAGAAAGAGCUGGAAGCCUUGAAAAGUGCUGAAGAAGACAGACAGAGAGAGCUGGCCAAUGCUAUCACCAACGCUCAUCAAGAGCUACUGGAAUGUGUGAGAAAACAUGGAGAUGAGUUUGUUAGUGCAGUCAGUGCUCUGACACAGAACCUCUUGUCCCACAUGGACAACCUUGUGACCGUCGAUGAUGUCCAAGUUGGUCAAACUGAAAUGAAGUCGGAAAAUGUCACCACUCUGAUUCGCCGUAAAAAAGAUGGCACUCUGCUAGAGGACAAGCAAAGUGGACAUCUAGUACCGAGAGGCAGCAGAACAUGGCCAGGAAUUUCAAACUUCAGGUCCAGUGUUUACGGUGUAGAGGAGCAACCAUGCAAGGAAAUGGCCUCAGUCAGAACUAUCAAGACCACCUUUGUCCACCUGAGGGCAGUGGAGGCCCGUGACUCUAUGUACCAGCGCUAUGAGCAGCAGUACAGGGAAGAGAUGACCCAGGCCGUGCAGGAGAGCCAGGCCCAGAGCAGGGAGUUACAGUGCUGGGAAGAACAUUGGCGAGAAUUACUAGACACUCUGAGCCAGCUCAACGCUGAGUGAUCACCUGGAAAGUCUGCACCAGGGUUCAAGUUUUUUUUACUGUAACACUGCAAUGACAUUUCAACAGUAACACAUUCUUUGCAUUUUUUCCCUUCCUGCCACUGUAAGGGAAUUGGAAUACUGCUUAGGCAAAAUUCUGUGCUAGUGACUAAUCAUUUUUAAAUGGUAUUCAUCAUGGUUGGCUCAAAACACAAUGUUCGAUACUCCUAAGUAUGGAUCAUAUUUCAUUUUGUGUUCUGGGUAGGAUCGAGGUGUUAAUACUGUUUUUAAGUAAAUAAAAAAAAAAGUAAAUUCUACUGUUUGAAGAAUUGCAUUCACAGAUAAUGUCUGCAAAAUUAUUUAAAAAAAAUGUCAUUUGGCUCAUUUGUUCUACCAAAAAGGGAAUGUUUUUGCUAUCCAUUACUCUUUUUUGUUUAGUCUGAUGUGUUAAUUUUACCUAAAGUUGAAGAAAUUGAAAAGUGAUUCAUCACAGUGAACUACUUUGGGUGAACACCCAAAAGUUUCCUCAGUAAAUAACACGUACAUUAAAAACUUCGGUUUUCAAAUUCACUGGAGCUGUAGAAGCACAAGAUCUGAAUUUUUGAAACCUAAGGUCUAUUAUCUCAUGUAAAUGCAUUCUGUGACAAAAUCCUUUCUCCCUUUUAUAUGACAAAGGCUUUUGAACUUUUAGUCUCUGCCUUUUCUCUUACGGGCUUCCUGCCAUGUGCAAAUGUAUGGCUUCCCGUCUUUCAAGCUGGUGGUGGGGGGGGGUUUAUGGUCUAGUCCUAACUCCUGUGAAACAGACUGUCCCUCCAGGUCUGGGUGGCCACAGCUGAGGGGACUGAACGUCCAUGUCAAGUAUACAGAGGUCAAUACUGCCAAUAAAACUCCAAGAACCGUUUGUAAGAAGUACGCCGACAGAGAGGAGAGAAUUGUUUUUAAAGAUAAAUCAUUCGGACGACUCAUUAAAAAUCCAACGGUGUGAUCUGAUUCAGUCUCAACUCGAGCAACUGGUCCUCACUGCAAGCAUGUUUGUGGACGUGCUCCAGAACCACAAGGAUCAACGGGAUUUGGAAGGUUGAGCGCUAGCAUGCAUGGAUACAGGAACCGUGUCUUCUCUGUCACGAUCAAGGGCAAGUAAUGUCCUGCCCGGCUGCCAGCACAAAUCCCUCCUGUGGCUAGACAACAAAGUCUAGCUUUAAUAUUGCUUUAAUUUUCAAUUGCCUUCUUUAACAGAUAAGACAGGAAGGUAAGGAGUUUUUUCAACCAGGGCCUUUUUGGCCAGGGAUCAUGUGAUUACAUUUCCAACUUUCUGGUAAUACGAAGGGAGGAGGAAUACGUUUCUACAUCAACAACGGCUGUGGCAAUGUCAUACUAUGGUCCUAACCUGGAAUAUUUUUUUCUCAUCAUUUAUCCUGGUCAGUGUUUACAUUCCACUGUUAGCCAACAUGGACGAGACACAACUGCAGCUGGCUGAACAGAAACUUGGGGCGGAGCGCUCAUACCCGGACUCCUUAGUUAUUGUUUUUGGCAACAAAGGUGUUACCUAAGCCAAAAACUCCUGAAAUAUUAAUAGUUUAUUAAACCACUGAGGCAAACACUUUGGAUCACUGCUACACUACAAUCAAUAAUGCCUAUCACACUGUGCCCCACAAUGCUCUGGGACUAAUACCCACGUAUAGGCAAAAGGUAACAUUUUCCAAGCCUGUUGUGCAUAGGUCAAAGAAGUGGAGCAGUGAAGCAACAGAGGCUCUGUAUGCGUGUCUGGAAUGCACUGAUUGGGACAUUUUUAGGUCUGCCACUAAGUCUGGAUGAGAACAUUAUGCAGAUCAGCUUUCUGCUGUGUAUACUGAGAUCUUUAACACCUCACUGGAAACAUGCUGCAUCCUGGCAUGUUUCAAAUCCUCCAUCAUCCCAGUCCCCAAGAAGUCAAGGAUCACAGGACUUAACUACAGACCCAUCGCCCUGCCUGACCUUUGUGGUUGUGAAGUCAUUUGAGCGCCUUGCGCUGUCCCACCUCAACACCAUCACCGACCCACUACUAGACCCACUGCAGUUUGUCUACAGAGCCAAAAGGUCUGUGGACGAUGCGGACAACAUGGCUCUUCAUGGCUCCCAACUGGUUGCGGCUGCACUAUUGGGCCUGAGCGGACCUUGGCCCCUCCAAUUUACUCAAUUCAAUUAAACGUAUUGCCAUGUCAACAAGUUGAUAGGAAUUUGUCUUGGUACAACUCUCAGACAUAAAAACAAAAACUUAAAAGACAAACAUCAUAAGUAUAAAUGGGACAUUAGACCAAAACCCUGCAGACAAAAGACAAUACCCCACGGCAAUGAAGAGCACAGUUGAUAGAAUGCUGCAAAUUCAAUCCAGAGCCAUCUAGAGAAACUUUAAUAUAACGGUUCUGCAAUCAACAAUGUAUUUUGUUAUUUAGCUGUUGCUAUUAAACUACAUACAUGCGUAAAGUACGUCCUAUAAGACAUCAUUGCAUCCAUUAACCAAUCAUAGAGUAAACUCGCUAUAUUCAAAUUAUAUUUACCUACAGUAUACGUUAGAAAAGUGCCCUUUUCUUAGUAACAGUCAACAAAUUACCAAGCAGUUUUGACCAUGAAUCAAGCUAGUGUGACAAUAUUAACCUGAUCGUCGAGAAGAUGUCAAACUGGAAGAGCCUAUUUAAAUUUGUAAAAAGGUUUUGUUUAAAGAAAUAUAUAUAUACCGGUUUCUGUAUAUAAAAAUAUGUAUAGGUUUCUGUUAUUUCGUGUCAGUGAUCUAAGGACCUUAUGUUUUGUUUUGUCUUUUUUAUGCCCAUCAAUGAUUUUGUCAAAGUCUGGAGCCACCACUGCUCCCAACUGGGAGUACCUGAGUCCACAUGCAGGUGGAUCACUUCCCCAGCACGUGAGUCUAGGGAAGCACUUGUCUAAACGCCUGACCAUCAACACCGGCUCCCCUCAAGGAUGCGUCCUGUCCCCCAACUCUUCUCCCUGUACACCAACAGCUGCACUUCCAGUCACCACUCUGUCAAGGUCCUGAAGUUUGCGGAUGACACCACCCUCAUCUGACUUAUGUCUGAUGGAGAUGAGUCCACCUACAGUUGGGAGAUUGCUGAACAUCACCUCUCUUACAAACAAUGCACAGCAGAGGAUAUAAUUCCUGUGACAGAUGAAAUAGAUACACAAACCUCAACUGGACAAAUCUUGCACCUUACAUAUUUUUUAUUUUAUUUAUUAAUGCUCGGUCUGCUGUUUUUAUGUUCAGUCCACUGUUUUGUUUUUAUUUCUCUUAUUCCUUUUAUAUAAAUUGUUGCACCAACGGGCCAGAACAAAUUCCUUGUUUAUUGUGAAACUUACUUGCCAAUAAAACUCAUUCUGUUUCUGAAUACAUUAACAACUACAAUUGAUCCUACAUAGGUAUUUAUUUUGUUAUUCAUUCCAGACGCAUGCAGGAAAAGCUAUGGACAAUAUUAUGUAAAGAUGAAUGAAGGCCUAUCCCAGUAACUAUACUUAAAGUACGUAGCAGAGUGUAUAUCCACUGCUAUUUAGAGACUGUGAGAGAGUGUGAGAGAGUGAGUGAGAGAGUGAGUGGUCUUACUAAACUCAUGGGGACAAAAUGUCCCAAUGAGUAUAGUAAAAACUGGACUCAUUGGGACCAAUGAGGCAAAAGUCAAUUUCCGGCACAGGGUUUAGGUUUAGGGUCAAACUUACAAUUUAUUUUAUAGUUAG